AUGUCAUUAAUUGAGACAUAUUCUCUGAAAGAUGAGCCUUCGAUAUCACUAGAAUUUUUCCCCCCAAAGACUGCAUCAGGUAAGGCAAAUUUGUUGGAGCGUAUUGGUCGUAUGAAUGUCUUGGACCCCACAUUUGUCACAGUUACAUGGGGUGCAGGUGGUACUACGGCUGAAAAGACGAUCGACUUAGCGGGUAUAGUUGCACAAUCGUUCGAUAUACCUGUUUGUAUGCACCUUACCUGUACUAAUAUGGAAAUUGAUAUUAUUGAUAAUGCUUUAGAACAAUGCAGAGAAUUAGGUAUAAAAAAUAUAUUAGCAUUAAGAGGCGAUCCAUCGAUUAUUUCUAACGAAGAUGGAUCUCCUGAUGAUAAAUUUAGAUAUGCUGUUGACCUUGUCAAAUACAUUAAAGAUAAAUAUAAGGAUGAAUUUUGUGUUGGUGUAGCAGCUUAUCCAGAAGGUCAUUACAGUACAGAGGAUGAUUCCUCAAAUGAACAAGAUCCAAUUAGAGAUAUGCAAUUUCUAAAGGAGAAAAUCGAUGCAGGUGCUGAAUUUGUAAUUACUCAAUUAUUUUAUGAUGCUGAUAAAUUUUUAGAUUUUGAAAAAAUGUUUAGAGAAACAAUAUCUACAACUAUCCCUAUAUUCCCUGGUCUAAUGCCAAUUAAUUCAUAUCUUUUAUUUAACCGAGCUGCAAAACUAUCUCACGCAUCUAUUCCUCAACAUAUCAUGGAUAAAUUUCCGCCAGAGAUACAAGCUGAUGAUAAUAUGGUUAAAUCAAUCGGUGUUAAUAUUUUAAUUGAAAUUAUAGAGAAGAUUUAUAAAAGGACGAAUGGAAGAGUUAAAUGUUUCCAUUUUUAUACAUUAAAUUUGGAAAAAUCAAUUGCUGAGAUUGUAUCUGAAUCUCCUACUUUGGCUCAUAUUAUCGAUGAAAGUGAGGAUAGUGAUGUUGAGAUUAGUUCUAAUGAUGCUAUAAGUGAUGAAGAUGAAAAUGAUAUGUCGAAUAGACAUUUGGAUAAAGAUGGUAAUAUUACUUUGGAUAAUCUAUAUUUGAACCAUGAUGGUAGAAAGAGAAGACGUUCAAGUGUAUUAUCAGCAGAUUUGCUUUUCAAUAGAGCAAUUAUCAAUAAGGACUCGACAAGUACUAGAAAUGGAUUUAAUGAAUAUAGUUAUAAAAAUGGUAUGCCAUCAAAGAAAUUUUUAUUAUCCAUCUCGAGAGGUUCUGGUGCACUUGGCCGUGAUGCUACUUGGGAUGAAUUUCCAAAUGGUAGAUUUGGUGACUCUAGAUCACCAGCUUAUGGUGAAAUUGAUGGUUAUGGUCCAACAAUUAAAGUUAGUGUUAAAAAAGCUAAUGAAAUGUGGGGUCAACCUACAAAUAUUAAAGAUUUGAAAAGAAUAUUUAUUAAAUAUUUAGAAGGAUCCAUUGAAGCUUUACCUUGGAGUGAUUUAGGAUUAUCACCUGAGACAGCUCUUAUUCAAGAAGAAUUAAUUCAAUUGAAUCAUAGAGGCUAUUUAACAUUAGCAUCACAACCAGCUGCAAAUGCUGCUAAGAGUACAGAUAAAAUAUUUGGUUGGGGUCCCGCAAAUGGACUUGUUUAUCAAAAAGGGUUUGUUGAAAUGUUUUUACAUAAACAACAAUGGGAAUCUAUAUUAAAACCCAAACUAGAUCAUUAUGGACGUCGAAAAGUUAGUUAUUAUGUUGGAGAUGCAUCAGGUUCAUUUACUACAAAUCUUGAUGAAGGAAGUUCUAAUGUUGUAACGUGGGGUGUUUUCCCAAACAGUCAAGUUAUUCAAACUACUAUUGUUGAAGAAGAAUCUUUUAAAGCUUGGACUGAUGAAGCAUUUAGUAUAUGGUCAGAAUGGGCAAAGUUAUUUCCAAGAAAUACACCAACUAACAGUUUUCUUACACAUAUUCAUUCCGAAUACUGUAUUGUAUCCAUUGUACAUCAUGAUUUUAUAGAGACAGAUGAAUUAUGGGAAAUUUUAUUGGAUUAA